AUGUCUGAACCACCUUCUCAGCACCAGACCGCGCGCGACAUGAGCACCCACACGACUCACGGCUUGACGGGAGGCCGAGGGAACCCGACGGGCGGCGAAGGGGGUUUGUUCCAUGCAGCCAGCGCGCAUAACGAGACUGCCGGCCCUUCCUCUUCUUCCUCCUCUUCCGGCGGUGGGUCUGCGUCGACUGGCGCUGCGACUAGCGGUGGAAGUGGAAGUGGGGUGGGACAGAAAGUGUCGGAUGCAGCGCAGGGGGUCAAGGACAAGAUGCAGGGCAAGUAG